AGCAAAUCCUUCAGGUCUUAUUCCUUAUCAUUCCUUACAUUCUGUCCUUAGGCCUCAAGCCACCCCGUUUGUCCUGUCAGUAAUUUCUUUUUUGUGUAUCAGCGCAUUUCAGAUGGCGAUUUCUCAGUCUCCUGGCUGUGAUUCCCCCGGCACAAACACAGAGGUUGUCCUAGCUCGUGAACUUUUGGAUUCGCUUAUGUCACGCGCGAAUGCUCCAAUCAGUUAUCCUUUCAUGGAGGAAGUUGAUCCAGACGUUCUCGGACUGAAAGACUACCGCAAGAUCGUCAAAGAGCCAAUGUGGUUGAAGAAAAUGGCUGAGAAAUUCGCCAAUGGAGUUUAUCAGAAUAUUCGUGAAUUCGUCUGUGAUUUUCGUCUGAUGCUUUUGAACUGUUAUCGUUACAACGGUGUUUCCUCACGCAUGGGGCGAUGUGCAGAGAAGUUGGAGCUACUGUUUGAACAAAAGCUGCAGCUCAUGCCUCAGGAAAUACGGACAAAAACUUCCAUCCAGGCGACUCUUGGAGGCGGAACAGCGGAAGAGGAAUUGUCAGACGCAGGGAUACCGCGACGUCGAAGUUCCAGUCGACUUUUCUUGGCCGGUGACUCGAGGCAACUGACUCCGAUGCGUGCAAUCAUGGAAGAACUAGAACAUACUCUGGAGCCUGGCACUGGUCUCACCGCAGUGCUUGUGACUGCCUCGACGGACCUGUCCAAAUUCGCAUCGAACAAUUUGUUCAAUUCCUCAAUGCAGUCCUUGUCCACGGCGACAACUGCCGAGGAGCGCGUGGCCAUUUUAAUCGCUCGCCUUACAUAUUGGAAUAUUCGAAGGCAGGACGAGGCGUUGCUCACAUCGUGGGACAGUUGGUGGACGGAACAGCAAGGCCCAGAAUUAAUCGAUGUGGCACAAAACACACAAGAACUUUUGGAGACAUACCAGUUUCUCUGGUUGGCUGACCCUUUUCUCGGACUCACCGAAUCGCUGGUCUACUUUACUCCCCAACCUCCCGUUAUCGAGGUUAAUCCUGCCCCUGCCCGCAAUCUUGGCUUAUUGGAUUUAGAGUUCGCACUAACUGUUGCCCCCCGUGCUAGCCUGUUAUUGGCUACUUGCAUGAGCCACCUACUGGCCACAAUCAAAGAACGUGGUCGAAUUGUUGCCGUUCUUUCGACUGCCGAUGGCCCAACAGGCGAUCCUAUCCAAGAUCCUUCCAAUGACAGCAGACGGCUGCGAGGCACCCAGAGCCGCGUUACUUCGUGUCUUUCCCCACUGGAAUAUGAUGUAUGGGAACGUCGCCUAGCCGCACGAGUGACCUCUUGGUACCGAGCCCUCUGGGAUAAAGGGAAAGGUAACCCGAUUUGGGCGACCCGUCGUCUUGGAUUGCCACCUAAGUUCUUUCACCGCUGCGGGUUUCGACAAAGUCCUUUGGACUCGAAGCGGUUUCAUGAGCUCCCCGUGUACAUUCGAAUCCAGCUGUUUUAUGCGCUGUGUGAAACGGUUUUGCGCAGUUUUGAUAACUUGCGGCUUUCAAUGGAGCGAGAUGCUGGGUGGGAAGCAGCGGCACCCGUUCUCCUUGGUGAAGAUAUAUUUUCCAGUGUGACCUACAUCCACUUUCCUGGCAUGCUCGACUCCACCGCGGCCACAUUGAAUCGAGUCUACCGAGUCUCUCGUUUAAAAUCCGGACCGGUCGAUUUACAGCAACAAAGCAAUAAGUCAUCACCUUCGCCUGCAACAGAAUUGGAACCAGUUGCUUCUGAGAAAUCCGGCUUCGACUCUUCCACUACGGAACCACUUACAGUGUGCAAGGUUGAACACCAAGCUUCUUCCUCGUCCUCUGAAGAGCCGGUUGAAAUUGCAGUGCCUACCCGAGCCACCAGAGGCAAGCGUUCACGGAAGCGCAAGUUUACUCAUAAGAAAAACCAUUCCCAGUUGGAAAGCUCAGCCGCUGAACAUAACCGCCUAAUUGCCGAAUAUGGUAUAGAUGUUCCGGGCCCGGUCGGACGUUUACCUCGAUGGAUUGAUCCGUCCCUUGCGCGUUCCACUUGCCGAAGACUGCAUGGCAUUGCAGGUCAGCUGAAAGCCCUACAAUCACUUGGUGGUGCAACUCAGGAGAAGUCUCGUGGACGCAAGACUUCACUUCUUUCCUUCACAACCUCUUUGCUCGAACGGACUUUCAACGCCCACGGCACUGGUAGUGAAUUGUGGUCCAAGUCAUCAGGGCCAAUAUUUCUCACCGCAUUUCAUAGACUAGACAGUCGAAAAGUGGCGGAAUUAACGGCGGAAGAGCCUGCAUUGGUGCCAUCCCCUUUCGGAACGUUAUGUGGCAUGUCUCGUCGUUAUCUUUCAAUGCAACUCAGUCGAAGCUAUUAUGGUCCUGGAAUGCGGAAUUCAAAGUCCAACAGUUCUCGUCGUAUGCGUGCUCGAGCCAGAGCGAAAAAGUUACGUGAGACAACGGCUGCAAUGUCAGAGCAGGAUGAACUGGCCUCGUCUACUGCAGAUGCAGAUGAUGCAGACAAUUCUGCCAGCUCUCUAUCCUCAUCUUCCACUGACGAAGACCGUCAAACAGGAGACGAAGGAGAGGAAGGUGAAGACGAAAAACCGCCGAGUCACGCGAACGAGGUUGACGACCUUAAUAAGCCACAGCAAGCACAAGAUGUGUCGACAACUUGUGUGUGUGACGCAGAUAACCAAUCUAAACAUGAGAAUAACGAACAAGACACUUCUCCGUCUGGUGCUGACUCCAAUCCAACGGGUCAAGUUGAUAAAGUUGAGGAAACCGGAGAUACUCCAAUGUCUGAAGUGGAAUCGGGCCCGAAGUCUGCUGAGGAGACGGCUGAUCCCGAAGAGCCUAUGGUCACACAACCCGAUCGGCAUGAAUUCUCGCUGAUUGCGUGGGACACUAAAAGCCUAAAAGAACUAUUGUCUGAACUUCGAACCUUGUUGGAGCGUGCACAAAGAAGACUUUCUGAUCCGAAUCCAAGUGACUGUUCUCCAACUCAAAAGGAAGAAGAUGGCACACCUUCCGUGGAUGCUUUCCGUUUGGAAGCCAGUGACAGUUUUUCUUCGGUUACAGAUGUAGAAGAUGGACCAGACAAGGACUACAGGUCUAAGCGUCAAGUAGUUGGCCGUCGCGAGCAUCAUUCAUUUGGCCGACUACGCCGCGGUAUUCAAAUGCUGAAACAGCUUAUUCGAAAUCUGGAACAAUUGGAAACGUCCAUGCGGAGUCGUCAUAAUGAGUGUGAAGAUGCCCAGAGAUUAGCUCGACUGCGGUUACGAAAGGACGUUGCUGUGUGGCAAGCCAAAGAGGACUACAGGUCUAAGCGUCAAGUAGUUGGCCGUCGCGAGCAUCAUUCAUUUGGCCGACUACGCCGCGGUAUUCAAAUGCUGAAACAGCUUAUUCGAAAUCUGGAACAAUUGGAAACGUCCAUGCGGAGUCGUCAUAAUGAGUGUGAAGAUGCCCAGAGAUUAGCUCGACUGCGGUUACGAAAGGACGUUGCUGUGUGGCAAGCCAAAGAGGAUGAGCGAGUCCGAAAGGAAGCAGAGGCAGCAAGAUUAGAAGAACAAAAGCAGCAACAGUCUGCCGUAGCCACCGCACAUGAGUUAGCCAAAGAACGGGCUGAACGGCUUCAGCGACGCGAAAUGCUUCGAUCUAUAGAAUACGGGGCUUCCAGUGACCUGGACGGUGAGGGUGAUGUCGGAUCUCGCAAUUCGUCGCCCGAUUAUCGCCCUCCGGGAUUUUCCGCAAGGACCGCUCAGGGCACUGUGAAGCCUCCUACGUUUCAAGAGCCAGUCACAUCGCCACGAUUAUCCUCAACUGCAUUCAGUUGUAGAUUUGACAAAACCGGUUCUCCAAAGAUGCCUAUUCCGCGGACGGGAGCCGCAUUACCUCAACCAUUGAAUCACAUUGCGAUCGGUGGUGUCCGACCACUGAACGGACCGUCGAACAUUUUUCAGCCGAGAGUUUCCCCUUUUAGUCGUGUCACCAUCGCUUCUCCCCAUCCUACAUUUGGUGUUCGGUUUACUGGUAUCACUCCUACGCGUCCAUUGCCCGCUCCCCACUCAGCGACCAGGCAAUCAACUAUAACGGUUGCUGGGCCCAUGGCUCAGACAAACUCGCCAGUUACCUCUUCGAACGCUCCACCGCUGUCAACACCGGCAUCCGUCACCAAUACACAUUGGAGCAAUUCCAUUCCCUCAGCGAAUCACGUUUCCCAGUCCCCAUCUGUCCGACCCAUCCCACCACCACGCAAAAUCUAUCGCGUCUACGAUACCCUUUUCACCGAGAAUGCAACCCCAGUUCGUAUCAAUCCUGAUGGCACACUCCAUUCUCUCCCCCUGGACUCAAUUCCCGCUCAUCAUCGACAAGUUGCUGUUCAAAUGAUAGCCCGGUACAAGCAGCAUGCAGCAGCAGGACUAGCUCCAGCCACCACACCUAAACGUGUUUCAGUCACCACUGGCGAACCAGACCCAACUUG